AUGUUAAUGGAUUCACCUUUGUUGGGACCUCAUCAUGUUUCUCCAAAUAGAUUCAACAGGAAGAUUCUUUUCUGUUACCUUCUUCUCUGUGUUGCUAUCACAAUUAUUGGGCUAGCAGUAAGAGGCGACGUAAAUUUCGGGAUAUUGAAAGGAGCUGAAAGAUAUAAUGAGGGAAGAACAGACAGUAAGGGACAAGUUGUUGAAUCAGAAAUUGGAGUUGUUGCAGCUGACGAUGCUCGGUGUUCGGCUGUUGGUGUUUCAAUGCUUAGGCUUGGCGGGCAUGCUGUUGAUGCUGCAGUGGCUGCUGCGUUAUGCGCUGGUGUUGUUUUUCAGGCUUCAAGUGGCAUAGGAGGUGGUUCUUUCAUGGUUGUGAAAUCAUCUUCUAGCUCUAAUGCACAAGCUUUUGACAUGAGAGAAACUGCUCCUAUUGCUGCCUCACAGAAUAUGUAUCAGAGAAAUCCCGAAGCUAAGUUCUUAGGUGCCUUGUCAGUCGGAGUUCCUGGUGAGUUAGCCGGCCUUCAUGCAGCGUGGUUGAGACAUGGAAGAUUGCCAUGGAAUACCUUAUUCCAACCAGCUAUAGAACUUGCAAAAAAUGGUUUCGUAGUGUCUCCCACUCUCGGCGAUUAUUUAGCUUCAUCUGAAAAUACGAUAAUGAGUGAUCCCGGGUUAAGAAAAAUAUACGCACCUAAUGGAAUCUUGGUAAAAGGAGGUGAGAUAUGUAGAAAUGUGGAACUUGGACAAACUUUAGAGAUAGUGGCAAAGGAAGGGAUACAAGCUUUCUACAAUGGAACCAUUGGUGAGAAGUUAGUAAAGGAUGUUAGAGAACUUGGUGGUAUUUUAACAAUGGAGGAUUUACGAAAUUACAAGGUGGAAAUUACCGAUGCAAUGGUUAUGAGUGCGAUGGGAUACACCUUUCAUGGAAUGCCACUUCCUUCAAGUGGAACACUUGGUCUUUCUCUGGUCCUAAACAUCUUGGAUAGUUAUGGAAGUCUUGAUGCUGCAAAGGGAAAUUUAGGUAUACAUAGAGUAAUAGAAGCUUCGAAACAUAUGUUUGCUAUCCGAAUGAAUUUGGGUGACCCGAACUUUGAAAACGUUAGUGAAACUGUAUCCGAAAUGCUUUCGCCAUCUUUUGCACAGACUAUUCAGCGCCGGAUACUUGAUAACACUACUUUCCCUCCAGAGUACUACAUGGAAAGGUGGAGCCAACUUAGAGAUCAUGGAACAAGCCAUUUGUGUGUGGUAGAUGCUGAUAGAAAUGCGGUAUCACUGACAACCUCUGUAGAUAGACAUUUUGGAGCUGGGAUUCGUUCAACUUCAACUGGUAUUGUGAUCAACGAUGAAAUGGAUGAUUUCUCUAUACCGACUGAUAUAUCCCCCGGUAAACUACCUCCUGCACCGACAAAUUUUAUUGAACCAAACAAAAGGCCACUGUCUUCCAUGACUCCUAUUAUCAUCACAAAGGACGACCAAUUGGUCGGGGUAAUUGGAGCAAGUGGCGGAAUGAGCAUUAUUCCAGCAGUGACUCAAGUCUUUCUUAAUCAUUUCAUCUUAGGAAUGAACCCUUUAGAUGCAGUUCUAAGACCAAGGGUCUAUACCAAGCUAUUACCGGUUACAGUUUCAUAUGAGAACAUGACUGCUUAUGAUGGUGAUCACAUUGAGCUUUCAAAAGAAAGUAGGCUUUUCCUGAAAGAGAGAGGUCAUCAACUGGAACCAUGUCAAAUUAAAUCGAUUACUCAGCUUAUUGUUCAUACUCCCAAAACACCUAUUAACAUUCAUAGGAAACUCGGUGAAGGCACCAACUCACAUGUAAAGUAUGGCACUCUAACAGCAGUAAGUGAUCCAAGAAAGGGUGGUCGUCCGGCUGCUGUUUAA